AUGAACGAUGGAGAAUCCCUUCCCAUUAACGACCAUAGUACCAACUGCGCUCGAGCUGGCGCAGGAUACUCGAUCAAUUACAUGGUUGACCAAGCCGAUGUCACCAUCAAAGACCCGACGGGAGCGCUUCAGACCUAUGUGGAUACCAAAACUGCAAGCGGAAAGCCGAUGGAUGUGUUUCUCAAAGCCACCCUCUUUGACGAACAGACCGCGCCUUUCAUGGAGCUGUAUACAGCUUCUCGAAGCAACUGGCAGCCUGCCGUUGUUGGAACCAUUCAGAAGUAA